GCUGCAUCAACCAACUUCGAAUCGGGAGGGACUCCGUCAUUUCCUUCUCCACCUUCCUCGUAUAUAACCUCCAACGACGCUCUGACGUCCCACUGGACGAAAGGCAACUAGAAACUCGGCGCUCCGAUGUCCCUCUACUGAAGCUGCUGCAGGUAAUUCAUUGCAAGAGUUAGCUGCUGCAGAUAAUUCUUCCAUAUCAGUUUCUACGAUCUCAUUCCUAGGCUUGACCAUUUCCUUGAUUUCUCUGCACUUUUCUGUUCUCUGAACGGUGAUUUUGAGCUUAAAUUUGCUGUUUCCGGCGGGUUUUAGAUCAAUCAACCAAGAUGCAGAACGAAGAAGGUCAGGACAUUGAUCUCUACAUCCCAAGGAAAUGCUCUGCCACCAACAGGCUGAUUACCUCCAAGGAUCACGCCUCCGUCCAGGUUAACGUUGGUCAUUUGGAUGCCAACGGUCGUUACACCGGCCAGUUCACCACUUAUGCUCUCUGCGGUUUCGUCCGAGCUCAGGGUGAUGGUGACAGUGCCCUCGACAGGCUGUGGCAGAAGAAGAAGGCUGAACUGCGCCAAUGA